ACACGCAUUCCACAUCUGGUGUUAACGCAGCAUUAGACUGUGGGAAGUGUUUCAGGUGAAGUUUGUUUGUUUUGUUAGUCAUGUGUUUAUGACAUGUUGUACAUGUGUUUGAUUUAUGUACUUCUUACGGACCUCCUCGUAAAUGAGAUUGUUCAUCUCAAGUGGUUAUCACAUUCAAUAAAUACAUUCAGAUUUCCUCUUAUCAUGAGCAGCACAUUAGUAAAAAAUGUCCCAUCUCACCCCACUCUCCCCUUGGUGUGCUUUAGAUGAGUUUUUCUCCUCCAUGGACUCCAAAAACUGGUCUGAAAGCAGACAGUACUGCAGAGACCGCGGUGAGGAUCUGCUCAUCAUUAAGAGUGAAGAGAAGCAGAGACGUGUAACCUCAUUCAUCACAGAGAAGGUGAAAAUGCCUGUGUGGCUUGGGUUGACUGAUGCCGAGAUCGAGGGCAACAUGAUAUGGGUGGAUAAUUCACCACUGAAUGAAGGGUAAGUGCUGGUAGGACAUUUUAUUCCACGUUAAUAAGUAAAAUAAUUGUUUGAAAGAU